AAACCUUACACGAGGCAAAGAUUUCGUUCUGGAGAAAUACAGAAAUUAACCGAGUCCAGUCCAUCGAUCCGAGUCCAGAAAUGUCUACUCAUUCCUUUAAAUUGUCAACCGUCGGACUCCUCUUCCCAUCAUCAUCCAUUGCGGUUCUCUUCUUUCUAUUUGACAAUAACACUAACAAUCAAAGCUCCAAUUUCUCUUUUCUUCCUCCAACCGAGCAAAGCAAGAACAGGGUAAACAAACAAUCCGAAGAAAAAUGUCUCAAGCUCUAUUAAAUCUGACCAUCUCUCUCCCAUUAUAUUCCUCCAAUAAAACCAGCGAUUUUUGUCACCUUCCCUUUUCAAAACUCCCCCAGAACAGAUGCGUCAAGGCCAUGGCAGGAGCGAGUAGAGACAACCUUGACUACUUGCAAAGAGCUAGCAAACACCACCAGUCGCAACCUAACAAGAAAAGGGUUGGCCCUGUUGCACCAAUAGGGUUGUGGGACAGAUUCCCAACAGCAAGAACGGUGCAUCAGAUGAUGGAAACAAUGGAGAGGAUGUUGGAAGACCCUUUUGCAUACUCAGGCACGUGGCCAUCUCCAUUACCAAGUGAGAACGGUGGUUACAGUAGAGGACGGACACCAUGGGAGAUUAAGGAAGGAGAGGGGGAGUAUAAGAUGAGGUUUGAUAUGCCUGGCAUGAACAAAGAUGAUGUGAAGGUGUGGGUUGAAGAGACGAUGUUGGUUGUCAAGGCUGAGAAGGUGCCUAAGAAGAAUAUUAAUGGUCAAGAGAAUGGAGAAGAGGAAGGAGAAUGGUCUGCUACGAGCUAUGGCAGGUACAAUAGCAGAAUUGCAUUGCCUGAGAAUGUUGUGUUUGAGAAGAUUAAAGCUGAGGUGAAAGAUGGGGUUUUGUACAUAACUAUCCCCACGGCCAGCAGUAAUGGUAGAAUUUUGGACAUCGAUGUCCAAUGAUGAUUUUUGUGCUUUGCUUCUUUUCCUUUUCUUGGAAAAUAGUAGCUUUCUUUCCUUUUUUUUUUUUUUUGUAACAAUUCACAAGAUCAUAGGCGAUGAUCAAGGGCUGAUAACAAAGGGAUUUGAGAAAUUCAUUCUCCGAAGUUGCUAUAUCAGUUUACCCAAGGUGUUUGUAACUGUUUUAUUUUGCUGAUUAUUCCUUUUUUUUCUGACGAAGAUUAUUUCCCUGUUUUAAGCUCCAUUGAAUGUCAAACAAGAAUUAGAAACGAGUUAAAGCUCAUUCCGCGUU